CCUAAUUUAUUCAUCUCUCAGUUUCAGAAAGGUCCGGGCAAUAUGUCUCUUAAAAAUGGUAAAAGCAAAUUGAGAAGAAUAUCUUCUUUUUGGAUUAAAUACGAGAUCCUGAUUCACUUACCAGAAGAUAGUCAGAUGUUCUCUGUGUCCGUCAGACCAACAGAUACUAUUAAGGACCUGCGAGUACUUUUAGUGCAACAAGGGGUCACUUCCUGGAAGAAACAUUUCUUUUACAAUGGGAGACAGUUGGGUGAAUAUGAAACUAUUAAAAAUGUCAACAUCAAAAAUGGAUCCGUCAUAUUGCUACAUAAGAGCACCUGAAGAGCCAUUUCUCACAGCUCCUGCCUGUUUAAAUAGAAAAACUACAGCACAGCGUUUACAAAAAGAGACCUUUAACCUCUCUCUCCCUACACUAAGGAAACUCACACGACAAAAUUAUGAAAUAAGUAUUCACUGCAAAUAAA